CCCACCACUAAUUACUAUCUACACGUUUUCUUCCUUCCAAGGUUCCUCCGCUCUCUUCCCGGCUUCAACAUAACUAUACACCAAUCCGCAGCACACACACCAUUGUCAGGCUAUCACAAUCCCCAUAAUGGCCUUCCUCGCGGCCUUCAUCAAACGCCAAUUCAUCUCCUACCCACCCAUCCCGACCACGUCCUUCUCAGGCAAAACCGCCAUCGUCACCGGCAGCAACGUCGGCCUUGGCCUCGAAGCCUGCCGCUACCUAGUCCGCCUCGGGGCAUCACAAAUUAUAAUCGCUUGUCGAAACACCGAGAAAGGAGAGGCAGCAGCGAAAGAGAUUCAAGCCUCAACAUCAUGCCCACCCGAUACCCUCAAAGUGUGGCAACUCGACAUGAGCUCCUACGCUUCCGUCCAAGCCUUCGCCGAUAGAGCUAAGGCCGAGCUGCCUCGUCUUGAUAUACUUCUCCUGAACGCGGGCUUGGGAACAAUGAAGUUCCGGAUGGCCGAGGGCCUGGAAGAAACGAUCAACACAAAUGUCGUUUCGCUCUCGUUGCUUGCGUUCCUCCUUCACCCGAAACUUCAUGACACAGCAGUCAAACACGACAGCAAAACACACCUCACCGCGACAGGCUCCGAGCUCUACGAGGUCGCCAAAUUUGCGGAAAGCAAAGCACCGGACGGCCAGAUCUUCGCGAGUCUCAGCGACCAGAGCAAGGCUAAUAUGCUCGAUCGCUAUAACACUUCGAAGCUGCUUCUGAUCUUUGUUAUCAAGCAGAUCGCUGCUUUGGCUCCUCUUGAAUCUAGUAAAGUCAUUGUCAACUGUGUGGGUCCUGGAUUUUGUCAAAGCGAACUCCAUCGCGACUACACCAACGCCGCCCUUCGCUUCCUCAUAAAGAUACUCGCUCGUCCGACCGAGGUGGGCUCGCGCACACUAGUGUAUGGUGCCGGCGCAGGGCCGGAAACCCAUGGCCAGUACUUGCCAGAUUGCAAGAUCACGGCGACGAAGGGGUUGACAAGUGGGGAGGCUGGAACCAAGUUGCAGAAUCGGGUUUGGGUGGAGUUGAAGCAGAAGUUGGAGGUCAUUCGCCCGGGUGUUACUUGGUUGGCUUGAUUUUGCUGAUACUUUGGGAUUAUGUGCGAUGAAUGAAUUGGGCGGGAGAUAGAGGAGAUGAGUUGUAAUAAUCGAGACAGAGACAUUAGUAAUGUUU